GACGAAUCUGGCUUCGGAGCAUAGCGGAAUCUUUUUCGUUCAUUAUACCGACUUCCGUGUGAGGGUUGCUUGCACAUGUUAGCCUUAGACGGUUGUCAGCCAUGAACCUGCUUGCUAUAGUCGCAGGUAUCCCAUCAGUGUUUUGCAAGCGCUCGCAUCAGUCGGACAGGGACUUUGAGUCAAUCCAAACACAUCUUAACACCGUAUGAUAGCAAACAUAACUACCGCCUGGUCACUUUAAAAGACAACUUAUUAUAGUUCCUGUGAAGUAUGCCGCUCGCACCUUUUCCAUCAACGAACGGCGACGAGGCUCGUGUGGUUUGCUGCGGCACGACCGCGCCUGCUACGAGCGGUUUAAGGUGUCGCUGGGGGAAUGUAGAAGUUCCAGCACGCGCGGAGGACGGAGGCCAGGUCACCUGCUGUGUGCCGGCGCCAGAGGCGCUCAACACCGACGUGGAGCUCAGCACCGGUGUCCCGGUCAAGGUGCUGCACCACGACAACGUGUUGGCGGAGGAGACGCUGUCCCUGGAGCAGGUGCACCUCCUGAGGUCUCUGAAGGCCCCGGGCUCACAAGACACCGCGGCCGCCCUCGCCGCAGCCAGCGGUGCCAACCAUGCGCCGGACAUGCUGGCGGCCAGCCGCGGGGAGGUCGGCGACAACGGCAGCAAGGCAGGGCAGCUGCAGCCAGCGACGGAGCCCGGUUCAAAACCGGCGGAAACGCGCAAGGAGGCCAUGCAGCGCAAGUACUCCGCGCUCAAGCCCUUCGUCAUCAUCUCGCUCUCCUACCUGCUCUUCACCACCACCGACGGCGCGGUGCGCAUGAUCGUGCUGCUGCACGCGUACCGCUCGGGCUUCAGCGCUUGGCAGGUAGCCAUCAUGUUCUCACUCUACGAGAUGGCAGGGGUGGUGACGAACCUGGCAGCAGGCAUGCUGGGGGCGCGCUGGGGCAUCAAGUGGACGCUGCUGUCCGGGCUGACGUUGCAGCUGGCGGGCAUAUCCGUACUGUACGGCUGGCAGGACGGCUGGUCGGUGCCGGAGAACCGCUGGAAGGGCAUCCUGUUCGUCACGUGCGCGCAGAUGCUGUGCGGCAUCGCCAAGGACCUGACCAAGCUGGGCGGCAAGACGGUCACCAAGCUGGUCACCCCGGACGAGAAGCAGAGCAGCCUGUUCAAGCUGGUGUCCUUCAUCACCGGCAUGAAGAACUCGCUCAAGGGCGCCGGCUACUUCCUGGGUGCCGCCUGCCUGGCCUUCAACUACCAGUUCGCGCUGGGGGUGCUGCUGGCGCUCAUCCUGGCGGCCAUGCCCUGGGCGGCGCUGGGCCUCACAUCGCAGCUGGGCCGCGCGCGCAAGGAGAACCUCACGCUGGGCCAGAUCUUCCGGCAGCCGUACAACAUCAACGUACUGAGCGUGUCACGCUACUUCCUGUUCGGCAGUCGCGACAUGUGGUUCGAGGUGCCGCUGCCCUUCUUCCUGCGCAACGCCACGUACGGACUGGGCUGGAGCAGGCCGCUCACGGGGCUGUUCCUGGCGGUGUGGAUCAUCGUGUACGGACAGUUCCAGUCCUGGACCCCGCAGCUGGUGCUCACCCCGCUGCGCCAGAUGCCCGCCAACAAGUACGUGGCGGUGGCAUGGAACGCCGCCCUGGUGGCAACCCCGCUGUUCAUGGGGCUCAUGCUGCAGGCCAGCGACCUGUUCAGGUCCCACCACCUGGGUGGCAUGACGGGCAUCAUGAUCGGCGGGCUGGGCGCCUUCUGUCUGGUGUUCGCGGUGAACAGCUCCAUCCACUCCUACCUCAUCGUGCGGUACGCGCAGGGAGACAAGGUGGCCAUGAACGUGGGCUUCUACUACUGCGCUAACGCGCUGGGUCGGCUGACAGGCACCCUGGUCUCCGGCGCGCUCUACUCCUACGCGGGGGACAAUGUGGUGCAGGGAUUCGCGGCGUGCUUCUGGGCGUCGGUGGGGUUCGCGGCGCUGUCGGCGGCUGUGGAGCUGUUCCUGGCGGACAACAGCGGCGGGCUGCGCUGCGGGGGCUGCCUCACGCUGGUGGCGCCGCCGCAGGAGGGGGGGC